UCCUCCUCAUACCGGACCGGUCCGUGUCCACCUGGCGUGCGUGGCCAAAGUCCUCCCCGGUCCCCCCUCGCGCGCGUCCAGCCGACAUGGACGCCAACCGGACGCACUUCGGGCGCGACGCGCACAGCCCGGGAGCUUUGGGGCAGAGACUCCGGGGGAACCUAUCUCUCUUCCCGAACGGCACCACCGCCCCCGAGGCGGAGGACCUGGACGUGAACACGGACUUGUGCUCCAAGGUGGCGGUGACCGUCAUCUACGCGCUGGUGUUCGCCGUGGGCUCGACGGGCAACGCCGUCACCCUGUGCACCCUGCUGCGCAAGAAGAGCCUGCAGAACCUGCAGAGCACCGUCCACUACCACCUGAGCAGCCUGGCCGCGUCCGACCUGCUCAUCCUGGUGCUGUCCAUGCCCAUCGAGCUGUACAACUUCAUCUGGGUCCACCACCCGUGGGUGUUCGGGGACGCCGUGUGCCGCGGCUACUACUUCCUGCGGGACAGCUGCUCGUACGCCACGGCCUUCAACAUCGCCUCCCUGAGCGCGGAGCGCUACAUGGCCAUCUGCCACCCCUUCAAGGCCAAGAGCAUCAUGUCCCGCAGCCGCACCAAGAAGCUCAUCGGCGGCGUGUGGCUCGCCUCCUUCGCCCUGGCGGCGCCGAUGCUCUUCAUCAUGGGGCAGGAGGCGCGCCGCGGCGAGAACAUUUGCACCGCCACCGUGGCCCCCGUCACCGUGAAGGCCGUGCUCCAGAUCAACGCCUUGCUGUCCUUCAUCUUACCCAUGGUGGCCAUCUCCACCCUGAAUAGGGUCAUAGCCAAUCAGCUGUUGAGAAUGUUCAGAGAGGCGGAGCAAGACAACCGCAUCUGCAUCGUCGGCCGAAACCCCACCAUGCUCCACGUCUCCACGGAACCCAGCCGCGCUCAGUCGCUUCGCCACGGAGUUCUGGUUCUACGCGCGGUGGUCAUCGCCUUUGUGGUUUGUUGGCUGCCCUACCACGCCCGCCGCCUCAUGUUCUGCUUUGUGAGCGACUGGUCCGACGACCUGUACGACUUCUACCACUACUUCUACAUGAUCACCAACGUUCUCUUCUACGUCAGCUCGGCCAUCAACCCCGUGCUCUACAACUUGGUGUCUGCACCCUUCCGCCAGGUCUUCUUCUCCACGCUGCGCUCUCCGUGCCUGCCGUGCGGGCGCCGCUCGCCCGCCAUACGUCCCCGGCCUCUCACCCAACACUCUGUCAGCAUCUCCAGCAACCACACCCUCUCCACCAACAUCGUCAAGGAGACGGCCUACUAGAAAGUACCUUUCACGUAGUACUUUCUCCUCCACCAAACAGACGGUGCGGUUUCUGGAUUGUCAGAUCUGGCAGACGUUACAAUUGCAGGUGUUUUAUUUUGAAGGUCUGACUGGUCUGACCAGUGAUGGAAAACAACGUUUAGUGUGUGUACUGUGUGUGUAGUGUGUGUCCACGUAAAGAUUACACACCAUCAUUUCCAGCAUUGUGGAGGGUCCCUUUGUUAUAUCCAAUAUAUCCAAUAUAUCCAAUAAAUCCAAUAUAUCCAAUAUAUCCAAUAAAUCCAAUAAAUCCAAUAUAUCCAAUAUAUCCAAUAUAUCCAAUAAAUCCAAUAAAUCCAAUAAAUCCAAUAUAUCCAAUAUAUCAAAUAUAUCAAAUAUAUCCAAUAAAUCCAAUAAAUCCAAUA